AAAGAUUUCAAAAUGUGUUUAGUCUAGGUAACAGGUCAAAUUUUUAGUUUAUUCUGGAGACUACAGUGAUCGGGCACAUAAUUUUUUUUAGCCAAUAAUUUCGAAUUACACGCGCUUUCUUCUAGUUUCCACUGUCCUUCAUUUUUCUCUAAGGAAGAAUCUGUUGUGUGAAUUCGAAUCAGAAAGUAGAGGUAGAAAGUGAAGAUUUUGAUAUUGAAUUUGCAGGUGCGGUUCUAUUCUUUUCCCUUUUUUAGUCGUACUGUGAGAGGUGAAGGAAAAGUUUUAUUGGUCAAGAACAAAAAUUGAUAGCCAUAUUAUUUACAUUUUGUGUUUUUGUUUUUUCAUGAUGAAUGAAUCGGGAAGCUUAAGAAAGAGUAAUUACGCACCUACGUAUUUGUUAGGCAGGGUUAAUUGGUAAAGUAGAUAGUUUGGUUUGCAUAGCAAGUGUUUGUUAAUAUGCCUAGAUGAGAAUUUUUGAACUGAAAUUGGUUACCUUAAUGUUUUGUAGUUUUUGCCUGUCGGAGUUUUUUUUAUAGCGCAACUGUGGAAUUCUGCUUUUUGGUUCAUAAAUCUGUUUAGUUGUCACAUGGAUGUACCGAUGUAGGCCUUCUGAAACAAUUCUUAAGGGGUAAAGCCUCCUACUUGGACAUUUUGUAGGAAUUAGUUAUCCUGUCCGAAUAAUGAUCUCACAUUAAUCUAGUCUAUAAUCUACAUAUUCAAUUCACUCACUCACCGUUUGGUUGUUCUGUGCUCAACUGUGUGAAUUACUUGUAAUUAUUUUUUCUGAUCUGCUUAUAGAGACGAUAGAUCCAGUCAAAUUUGAGGUAUAGGAUACUUAUGUAUUCAUUUGGAUAGCAUCAGAUCUACUAAUUAAGCCGUCAAGUUUUGAUAGAUUAUGUGGUUUGUUGGAUCUCCAUUGCUUUUGUCCUUGCAAUAGGUAUUAUUUCAUGUUAUUCAUUAGUGAAAAAAACUCCUUCUUCCUUCUGAAAUUGAUCGUUUCAGUAAUUUGGAGUACUUGGACCUUUCAUUUAAUACAAUGAAGAACUUACCGACUGAGCUAAUUGUCUUGAACUCUUUAGUGUCUUUGGUGCAAAGAAUUGAAAUAUGGUGGUUUGGAGAUAACUGGAUAAAAAAGGGGGAAAAAACAGUGUGCAUACUCUAUCGAAGGUGCUAUUGAUGUUCUAAUAUAGAUUUUUUUUUUUUUAAAGACAAUAGUAGUUCAGCUGAUGGAAGAAGCAAUAGACACAUGAUUUACUUACUAGAAGCUCCAAACUUUUCCAAAAAAUAAAAAUAAAAAUUUCAAUUUACUCUUGUGGGGAAUAAAUCAUUCAAGUCCAACAACAAAUUUCGAUUUUCGUAUACAUUUUGGUUCAACGUUUCCAAUUCUUUGUAAAUAAAAUAUUUGAAAUAAAUAAUCAGCUAAAUUUUUCAUUUUUCUUAUCUAAGUGCUUCAACUAGCCCGAGUCUAACCGCAAAAUUCUUUAUAAGUAUUUGGCUCGAAAUCAGUUUACCAUCGAUUGGAGCUUCUUGCUUCCGUCUACAAGGUUAGGAACUACAUAAUGUUUUCAUUUUUUGAAGUUUAUGAUCGUAUUUGCUAUUAUCUGCAGUAAACUUGGAAAUUUUGAGUGAUGUAGAUGUAGAAGUUUCUGAAACUUAUAUACAGUAUAUUCUAUUCAUUCAAAUGAUGGAAUUUAUAGAUAAUUUCAUACCCAAGUAUAAUGGUGGGGACGAUUAAUUUCUUUGCGUGCGAGCUUAUUUUUGAAAAAUUAGGUACCGUUUGGUAUGGAAUUGUUAAAAAAUGUUUGAUUGAUCUGCUUAGUUCCUCAAGCUCAUAUCUAUCACUUGAAUGAUUAUGCGAUUUGAAUGUUGGGUAAAGAAAGAUGGGAUAUUAUAAUGGAAAUCUGGACUGAUUGAGAGAAUGAGUGGAUGCAUAAUCUCAUUUUGCUACAAUUUGACUACUAGGAGAACUUGUUCUUAUGAUAAUGCAGCCAUUACACGUAUAAAUUUUUCAUUGUAGCAUAUAAUUCAAGUGGAGAUCGAAAUAUUAAGUGACCGGGUGAUGUGUUGGCUGGUUUCCUCAACGAGGCUUAUAUAGGAGAAGUUGACUUGCUGUCUGCUAUUUGUUUUAAUCAUUUUUUUUUCUCCGGUGAAGAGAAACUUGACUCUGAAUCUUCGAGAAUGUGGAGUCGUUUGAGGGAUAUGGUCAAGCAUGACCCUUUCCGGAUUGCCUUGAAUGAAGUGGAUUUGAUAGCAAACCGGUGUCCUGAGGACGACUUUAAAAAGAACACAAAAUUGUUAGGAGUACAGCUGAGAUUACUGAGAUCAUUUUGUAAGUGUGGAAAGAUGUGGGUAAAACGUGAGCACCAUGGAUCUACCUUGCUUAACAUUGAAGAUAUUGUUCAUCAACAUGGUUUGAAAAUUCAGUAUACUGGCAUCAAAAUCAGGUUCCGGGCAGUUCUCCUCCUCUUGUUUUCUAAAUUUUUUGGUGGCAUUCAUCAAUUUAUUUGUCUGAGAUUUCGGGGCCAUGAUGGUGAUGAUGAUGAUCCGAUGAUAUCUGAUACGGCAACAAUAUUGGAUCGUCUCUGCAAGUGGCGUUCUAAACUUAUCAGUUGCGUCCACUGGUCUGUUUGUCUCCGUUUGUGCAAUCAUGCCACGAAUCUCUGGCAUCUUCACUCUGAAUACCUUUCUUACAUUCAGCACCUUUCAUUUGCGCAAGAAACUGUGGAACUGUACCACUUGUUCUCAGACAGUACAUUGCGAAAUAUCUCUUCCAUUGAGGAAAUCCCAUUCUUCCUAGAUAUCAUUGAUUCCCUUCUACAGAAUUCGCGAAAUCUGAAGGAAUUGAAUCACAAUUCAUCUUAUGUUGAGUGGCUUCAAGUAUGCGCAAAAUUCUUGAAGAACCUGAUUAUUUUUGCUAUUUCGCGGGGACUUGGAGUGAGGCAGAUGGGAUCUUUGCUGGCUCACACCCAACUCUUUCUUGUUGAUGCUCUACAUGAUCUCUACAUGUUUGGGUGUAACAAAGAUUCUCAGUAUAUUGCCCAACUUAACAUCAGAGGUCUGCCUAUUAAAUCUGCACGGCGUGCACGCGGAAUUUAUAUUGGAGUCCUGCAAGCUUCAAAAUUGUCGCUUUCAUAUUACCAUUUCACUCCAGCAAACUGUAGAGUUACCUUUGGGAACUUUGUUGAUUCUCUUCUUACUCUUCUUUGGAGCCUAUUAGGAUCUGAAUAUAGCUCUUCAGACAUCUUUAAUCAUCAAAUACAAGAGCUCUAUGGGGGACUGACAUUCUUGAGAACCAUCAUGCUAGAACAGCCUGACAAGUUUGAGGUUCUAUAUGAGAAGAUGCCGACCCUUAUUGGACUUGUGAUUUGUGAGUCAGGAAUUACAAUCAUCCAUCUCUUUGGCAAAGGAAAACGAUGCUUUGUUAAAAAAUUAGAGAUCUUGUUCUCAAAAACAGCAGAGUAUUUUGGUAAGCUUAUCGAGGCUGUGAAAGGGGAAGACUUGCAGCUAAUGUUAGCCUCCAAUUUUCCUCAGACCAACCUGCUUGGUUUUAUUGAUCGUCUUUUGGAAAAGUUGAUGUCAGUCAUUCGUGAUGAUGCUCAUUCAUCAGUUUCUUUGUCAAAGGAUGACCUUCAAACUCUCCAUGAUACACUUACAGACAUAAGAUCUUCUCUGGCUGUGCUACAGUUCAACCAAAAUGGGAAGUUCCAGGCUCUCCGGAGCCGCAUCGCUGCGGUAGUCUACGAGACAGAAUUUUUCCUCGAUUCUUUGACAGUUGAAGGUAAUGAAGAUAGUGUCUUCAAGAUAAUCAAUAACAUCACAACAGCAGUCAAACUCAUUUCUGCUGAGGCUUCUGAUAUUUUCCUGAACCAGAACCAUAUCACUAAAAUUGCUGAAGCUUCCCAUAAGAUGCUUUCGGCAGGGGAGAUCCCAGUUCUGGAUGACAGUAUGGUGGGCUUGGAUGAUGAGGUAGAAAAGGUAAUUGAUCGACUCACGAGAGGAACAGAACAGCUGGACAUUGUUUCCAUUGUUGGUAUGCCUGGAUUAGGCAAAACAAUGUUGGCAAAAAAAGUUUAUGAGGAUCUCUCCAUUGUCCUUCACUUCCAUGUUCAGUCUUGGUGCACUAUCUCUCAAGUAUAUAACAAGCGAAGUCUGUUAAUCGAGAUUUUGAGUGGACUUGUUAAUUUCGAAGACAAGUAUUCUGAAAUGGAUGAGGAUGAUUUGUCUCUUAUGCUUUACCAACAGUUGAAGGGAAGAAAGUAUUUCAUCAUCUUGGAUGAUAUUUGGGAUCUUGGAGCAUGGGUUAGCUUGAGUAGUUCAUUCCCUAAUGAUGUUAAUGGAAGCAGAAUUCUCUUGACGAGUAGGCAUCAUAACGUGGCUUUCGAAAUCAAACCAGACAGAGAACCUCAUCAUCUUCGUCUCCUCCACAUUGAUGAAAGCUGGGAACUUAUGCAGAAGAUUAUAGGUGUCAAAGAAAGACUUCCUCCGGAACUAUUUGCAUGCGGGAUGGAAAUUGUACAGGACUGUAGUGGAUUGCCGCUGAUGAUUUUAGUUGUGGCUGGUCUUCUUUCAAAUAUGAAUCCUAACACUUGGGAGGAAGUUAGAGAAUCUUUGAAGAAAGGUACCCUCUCGCUGGCCGAAAAAUGUACGGAGUCCAUAGAAUUAAGUUAUUCUUAUUUGCCAGAUCAUUUAAAGGAUUGCUUUCUGUACUUUGGAGCAUUUGGAGAGGACAAACAAAUUCCUGUUCGGAAAUUGUUACAGAUAUGGAUUGCUGAAGGGUUUGUGCAGAAAAAUGGGAGAGGGUACUCAGAGGAUGUUGCAGAAGGCUACAUGAGGGAGUUAAUCCAGAGGAAUUUGAUUAUGGUGGGUAAGAAAGGAUCCAGAGGAACAGUAAAAACUUGUAUCAUUCACGACAUGUUACGUGACUUCUGCAUUGCAAAAUGCAAUGAAGAACAUUUUUUGCAUCAGUUGCGUGGGUACGAACCUGGUAAGUCUGUCGAUCCUAGCAUACUGUAUCGGUUGCAUCUUUGUUCUAGGAUGCGAGAGGAUUUCGCUGAGUCAAGGCUGCUUUGUCCUCGUUUACACACACUGUUCCUUGUUGUUGAUAAUGAUGUGCUGAAUUUGCCACGGAAUAUGUUCCUCAAUUGUGAUCAUGAUGUUUUAAAUUCACGACGAUGGUAUAGUUUAUUGUACAGGUUUAAGCAGUCCAAACUUUUAAGAGUUUUGGACCUGAGAAUGUGCUACACAGGCAGCUCUUUUCCGGUGGUAAUAGAAUCACUGGUUCACUUGAGGUACUUGGCCUUGCAAAUUGCUGGUACGGGACUUAAGCUUCCACCGUCAAUAGGGAAUCUUUUAAAUUUGGAGACUCUCAUAAUUCUAACAACUGGAAACAUUUGGCUCCCUGAUACCAUCUGGAAUAUGAAAAGCUUAAAGCACUUGUGUGUAACUGGUUGGUUUGCUCACUGGAUUUUGCCCGACAGUUUUCUUGAAGGUCGCUCCAAUUUAGAGAAUUUAAGAACUUUGUCUGCUGCGCUGUUUAUCAGUGACAUAACAACGAUGGAGGUAAUGAGGAAGUUUCCAAAUAUCCGCAGACUUAAAUACAGGUGUAUCAACUCAAUGUCGAGCGAGAUUAUAGCCCUAGAUUUUUUGAGUCAACUUGAAUCACUGACCAUAUCUGAUCACCAGACAAGUGGUGACCUUAAUUUUCAGUUUCCCCAGAAUCUGAAGAAGCUAACAUUGGCGAACCUUCAUCUUCCAUGGAGUAAAAUUUCAUCAUUUGAUAGACUGCCAAAUCUUGAGGUCCUCAAGUUACAGGACAAUGCAUUUACAGGGGAAAACUGGGACUUGGUAGAAGAAGGGACAUUCCCCAAGCUCAGAUUUCUGAAAUUGGAAGGCCUGGAUUUAGCCAGAUGGACAGACUCAAAUGAGAGUUUUCCCUGCCUUGAGAAAUUGGUAUUGGUAAGCUGCCAUCACUUGGAGGAAUUACCUUCUUCUUUAGCCCAAAGUUCAACCCUUCAGAUGAUUGAGGUAAAGAACUGUAAACAUGUGGCUGCUUCAAUAAAUCAAAUCCAGGAAGAGCAUAUGUGUUGGGGAAGCGAAGAUCUAAAUAUUCGAGUUGUAUCACUGGACGAAAGAGAAAGAGUACGUGACUGGGGGAGGCUGUUAGUGGAUCUUUGUGUAAGAUUGUAUAACCCCCUUUUGCUGAAUCGUCAAACACAGAUUUUCAAGAUAAUGAUAAUCAAAAUAGUGGCCUUCCUUCAUCGUCAUUAGAUAUGAUCAGUUGUGACAAUUGUUGUCCCAAAAAGAUAAGGUUAGUACAUAUUGAUCAAGUGAAACUAAUUCUGUGAUAUUUCAUUAAUUUGUUGGAAAACUUCAAGGAGAUCAAUAAACCAUUGCUAUUGUAGCAGUAGAAAGACGCCAUUGGUGUCUGCACUGUUACUAUAAUAAGUACUGGAAUAUGGUUUUAUUUGUUUUAUGUUUUAUCUUAUCUUGAUUCGAUGAUUUUAACCCCUUUAGUAUGACAGAAUUAACAGAUGCUUUGAAGAGUUUGGCGACCAAGUAGUUUGAAAUUUUAAAACGUAAUUUCUCAGACAAAUGAAAGAAGGGAAUUUGGCCCUAGAAAAAUGGUUACUUUGUAAAUUUACUGCAUGGAAAUAAUGAUUUCGUUAUUUGGUUUGAAUAUCAGUAGUUUAAGGCUACAAUAUUUAAGUAAUCUGAACACUAGUUUGUGUUUCUGAGAUGUUCAUGUAAGGCUUUAAUGGUUGCAGCCUUUAGGCAUGUUUUUGGAGUUUUCGGUAGAAUUGGAUGCUCUUUUGAUCAUAGUUUGUUUUUUAAGAUUUUCU